AUGGCGAAAUCACUCGUUUGGCUACUGUUUCUGUCUUCCCUCGUUUGCCAUGUCUUUGCAGUGGUAAGGAUCAUGCCAUUGGGUGACUCUGUUACUGCAGGAGUAAGUGGCUGCUGGCGCCAGGUUCUCUGGCAGAAUCUUGCUCAAAGCGGCUUGGAAGGGCAAUUCAAGUUCGUCGGUACACAAAAAUCACUCUUUUCCUGCCCAGGCGAAUACGAUCUGGAACACGAGGGUCAUGUUGGCUAUGAAGCAAUCGGAAUUGCCAGCAAAGGCCAGCUUAGUGGCUGGCUAAACCAGGUCAAGCCUGUUGACAUCGGCAUGAUACUUUUAGGCACGAACGACGUGUGGCGUGGAAGGAGCGUAGUGGAUGGUGAGGCGGCAUUCACCAAGCUAGUGGAACAGUUCCGUACUCAGAAGCCCACGGUUAGAAUUCUGAUAGCACAGAUCAUGAACUUGCAGCCCAGAGGCGUAAAUUGCGGUAGCACAUGCCCACAAGCUGUUUCCGCAUGGAACGAGAUGAUAGCGGCCGUGGCUUCGAAGCUAAACACUCCUCAAUCCCCAGUUAUCGCUGUUGACUGUUUCACCGGGUUUGAUAUUGCGACCGAUACACAGGACGGAAUACACCCGAAUAGUGGCAGUGGGACACAGAAGGUGGCGGCAUGCUGGCAGGAGCCACUCGAGAAAGAAAUUCGCGCGGUCAUUGCAGCUGAGGGUGGUAAGUCAAGCUUCAUAUCCGAGUAUAUGUAGAGAGCUUCUAAAUUCGCUUAGAUGGCGUUAGUUAAAGAUAUUCUCUCUCAGCAUAAGGGAGAAGAAAAGGCUUUCGGGAUUAGAGGUUCUAAGAUCCGUAUAGCGAAUGUUCAGAGAUUUCAUGGAAUCGACUCAGAAUAAUGUUUGAUUGCACUUCCCGUAACUUUACACCAAAAUCAUGACGAAUUCUUGUUGUGAUCUUAUCAUGGGGUUUGGCCACUGGCAGAGAGGAGUGUCACGGUGGGGUGAGAGAGAGAGAGAGAGAUUCAUACGCCCGUCAGGCCUCU